GCGUGAAGAUGAUUGACCAACGAAUGCCUACGUACUAUAGUAUGCCGCCGCUUGCGCCAAUGCCUAUGGACGGCAUUCGUGACAAAGGUCCAUAUAUGCACGGCAUUGGCUGGCCGAUGGCCGAAGGCGGCGAUGUGCGGAAUAGAUGGCGCCGACGUCAUUGUCAGAUCGGCAACGAGAGCAGGGUAGCGACAAGGAAGGAAAGAUCGGACUGCGGGAGAGAGUGACGAUGUCUCAUGCACGAGUUAAAGAAGGCCCAUUUCGAACACACGACCUGGCCUAUCCAAAUGGACGAAAUCUGCAGCGUCAUCAGCACCACAUGUGGCACUCCACCGAGUUUUACAAGUCACAAGGCUGCCCACUUGGGGAGGUGACCCUUCCACCUCUGUUGGGACUGUCAUGCCAGCAUCUCCAUCCGGCUACUCACCACUGGGCCACUAUGAUCAAGAACAUUCCUGCGGCGAUUCAAGCAUCGUGGCGGCUAUGUGUCUCACAUGCUUAUGUGGGAACUGUGGAACCCACCGAGUGUCCUUUUCGUGUGGGUGACUUUGUCCUUCGGCGAUGUCUCGUAGCAGCUUCCAACGACGGGAGAAUUCCCAUUUUGAGUCCCUCAUCAUGCAUGCUUGGAAUCAAGGAAUUUGCCCAUGUGUAGAGCCAAUUCAACGUUCGUUGGGAUUACGACAAGGCUCGUGGCAACUCGUGCCCAUACAGCGCACAGUGCACGGCGCGGUCUGUGAGGAAUUGUCCCGGGGCUUCCAUGUGCGCAAGCGACGCCGGCCACCCGACCAGGAUGUCGUUCUUGGGCGUGGCGGCCGCCGGGUGCAUGAUGAACAUGGCCGUGGCGUACCCUUUGGACUGGUUCCGUCUCUUAACUUAAUCGAUCUCGAUCGACGUACCUCUUGAGCGCGCAGGUUGCGAUCCGCCUCCACGACGCUUUUGCACCGCCGUCGCGCGGCAUUGAUCGCGGUCAGCGUCAGCGCGGCAUGUCCAAAGUCCGCCGCCUUGGCCACGAUCUAACGUAAUGUACGUCAAAACCGGUGCUUUGAGAUGGACUCCACCUCGUAUUCGUGCCUCGACAGGACGUUCGUUAAGGUGCUCGAUCGAGGGUACGUUAACGAGCUGUGCUUAAUCUUCCCCACACAACACGGAGCCAGCACAUACGCAGCAUUCGACUCGAGGCACUUCUCCAGCACCAUGUCCGUGGCCUGAUGAGUACAUUAAGUUACAAGUACAUACAUCCAUAAACUA